AUGAGCGACCGGGCGCCAGUAAACUAUUAUGGCUCAAAAAAUAGCACGCGAAGCUUCAACAACGCGCUCUUUGAGGAAGUUCCUCUUUUUGACGCAUCAACUACUCCUCAACAGCGGGAAGUAACCGAAACGCUCUCCGAAAUAUAUUCCAUCAUCGUUGCAUUAGAACAGGUCGAGAAGGCCUACCUAAAGGAUGGUAUAAGCAGCGAUGACUAUACGGUUUCUGUCAACAAGCUAAUAGCGCAGUACAAGACGUAUCUGGCCAAUAACUCUGACGUGCAAGCGGUUUUUGGAGACCUACAGCAGUUCCGACAGCGAUGGAACAUAAACGCUUCUAAUGCGAUUGCCAGGCUGGAGCGCGGUAUGCCUGUGACGGUUGAACACGGCAUCCAGGGCUCGUCUGGCGACAACCCUGCAAGCUCAUCCGGCACGCAGUUCAAUGCCAAGGCAGUGGCAGAGGCCACGGGAAACUUCAUCACGGUGAUGGAUGCAUUGAAGCUGAGACUCAAGGCCAAGGACCAGCUCCAUCCGCUAAUGUCAGAGCUUCUUCUCAGCAUCAACCGCGUGGGCCCGCAGGACUUUGAGAAGCGCUCCAAGCUUGUGGAGUGGAUUGUGCAGAUCAACAAGAUGAAGGCGAACGAAAGCCUGGGAGACGACGAGGCGCGGGAGCUUUUGUUCGAUUUAGACAGCGCGUAUAAGGCUUUCUAUACUCUACUUGGGUAA